GUUCACUUCAUCCAGUUCAAUUCAGUCCCAGUUUGCACUCUUGCAGAUUUAUAUACACUGCCAGCAUGGACAGCCAGCAGUUCAGGGCUGCCGCCCAUGAGAGUAUUGAGGAUAUAAUAACCUACUUUGACACGCUCCCCACCCAACGCGUCCUCCCCACCGUGCCCCCCGGAUACCUCCGCCCACUGAUUCCCUCCUCGCCGCCCACGGACCCGGAACCCUGGAGCGCGAUCCACAGCGACAUCGAAAGCAAGAUCAAGCCAGGGCUAACGCACUGGCAACACCCGAACUUCAUGGCCUUCUUCCCAGCGGGGGUAACCUACCCCAGCAUCCUCGGCGAGAUGUACUCGGCGGCAUUCACCGCCCCGGCAUUCAACUGGCUGUGUUCGCCCGCCUGCACGGAGCUCGAAACGAUCGUGAUGGACUGGCUGGCCCAGGCGCUGUCCCUGCCGGGGUGCUUUCUGAGCACGAGCGAGAACAGAGGCGGGGGCGUGAUCCAGGUGACGGCGAGUGACACGGUCGCGACGAUGAUGAUCGCGGCGCGAGAGAGACGGGUCACGGAGAUGGUGGUGGCCGAGGGAUUGGCGCCUGAUACGUUGGAGUAUGAGGAUCGGAUGAUGGAGUUGCGGGCCAGGUUGGUCGCUGUCGCGAGCAACCAGGCCCAUAGCAGUACGGCGAAGGCGGCGCUGCUGGCCGGCACCCGCUUCCGAAGCGUGUCUGCGACGUUGGAGGAGAAUCUGGAGAUGACGGGCCCGAGGCUGAGAGAGGUGCUGGAGCAGUGUGAUAGGGAUAGGCUGGUGCCGUACUUUGUUACCUUGGGCAUGGGCACCACGAAUACCUGUGCGGUGGAUCGCGUCAGGGAGAUCAAGGCCGUGUUGGCGGAGAAGGAACAUUGGCGGCGGAUCUGGGUGCAUGUUGAUGCCGCGUAUGCUGGGGCCGCGCUGGUGCUGGAUGAGUGGAGGGAGCUGGCGGCUGAGUUUGGAGAGGGGGUGGAUAGUUUCAAUAUCAAUAUGCAUAAGUGGUUGUUGGUGAAUUUUGAUGCCAGCUGCCUCUUCAUCCGCAACCGUCACGACUUGACCUCCGCCCUGGACAUCACCCCAGCGUACCUGCGCAACCCCUACUCCGACAGCGGCCAAGUAACCGACUACCGCAACUGGUCGAUGUCACUGGGGCGGCGCUUCCGGGCACUAAAGAUCUGGUUCGUGAUGCGAAGCUACGGCCUCACGGGGAUGCAGGCCUACAUCCGCAAGACAAUCGGGCUGGGCGAGACCUUCGCGGGGUUAGUGCGCGAACGGCCCGAUCUAUUCCAGAUCAUCACGCGGCCCGCGUUUGGGCUGACGGUGUUUCGGGUAUUGACUCCGGACGCGAAGCGGGAGGACGUGGAGGGUGAGGUGCAGGUCGAGGAGGGUGAAGAGGGGAGAGUCCGGGUGGCGCUGCCGGAUGAGGCAUGCAACGAGCUGACGAAGCAGGUGUAUGAGCUGGUGAAUGCCAAGGGGGAGAUCUUCAUCACGUCGACGGUGGUGGCGGGGGUUUAUGCCAUUCGGGUGGUGAGUGCGAAUCCGGCGGCGGAGGAGGCGUACGUGAGGCGGGCGUUUGAGGUGUUGGUGGAGGCUGUGGGGGAGGUUUUGAAGGAUUGAGUGGGUAUGAGGCGGUAUAUAUAUAUAUACUAUAUUGGGUUGAGGUAGAGUGUAAAUUGGGGCCGAGUGUAAAUUGGGGCAGAGUGUAAACUGGGGUAGGGUGUGUAUAGAUGAGUGGCGUGGUGUAUUGGAUAGAUCUAUACUUGGAUGUUGAUACUGUCGGCUGGACUGGGCUGGGCUGAGUUGGCUAGGUGGUGGAAUGGGCUGGUAUCUCCCCUCCGAUGUACG